CUCUCUGUACGAAACAAAUCUAGGGUUUUGAAUCUUCGUUUUCUUCAGGUGAAAAUGCCUCGGUAUGAUGACCGCUACGGUGGUUCGCGUCUCUAUGUCGGACGCUUGUCUUCGCGGACAAGGUCACGCGAUCUUGACGAUAUUUUUAGCAGAUAUGGAAGGUUCCUUGGCUUUUGCCUAACCUGGAGGUCUAUGGUGAGAGGGUGAAUCUUGGUGGAUUUGGCGAGUCUUUCUAUAUUGUUAUUGCGUGUUUUUAUGGAAAUGGCAACAAUCUCAAAGUGGUGUUUAGUUCAUCUGUGAGGGGCGGAAGUGUCUACCCUUCGAUACUUGUGUCUUGAUGGCCUUACUGUUUCUGGCACCCGUUUACGCAGAGUACGCGAUGUGGAUAUGAAGCGCGACUUCGCCUUUGUUGAAUUUAGUGAUCCUCGAGAUGCUGAAGAUGCAAUAUAUAAUCUUAAUAAUCGGGAUGUUGAUGGGAGUCGCAUCAUUGUAGAAUUUGCUAAAGGGGGGCCACGUGGUCCUGGUGGAUCUCGUGAGUAUCUUGGGAGAGGUCCUCCUCCAGGAUCAGGACGCUGUUUUAAUUGUGGAAUUGAUGGUCAUUGGGCUCGUGAUUGCAAAGCUGGGGACUGGAAGAAUAAGUGUUAUCGGUGUGGGGAACGGGGCCACAUAGAAAGAAAUUGUAAGAAUAGUCCUAAAAAACUUAGACGUGGGCGGAGCUACUCAAGGUCACCAAGUCCUCGUCGUGGCAGAAGUCGAAGUCGUAGUUACAGCAGGGACCGUAGUUAUAGUCGAUCUCCCUUGAAGAGAGAACGAAGCCUUGAACAAGUUGAUAGAAGAUCAAGAAGCCCCCAUGACAGCCGUAGCCCGAAACGACACAGGGGUUCACCACCACCAUCUAAAGGUAGGAGGCGUAGUCCUACACCUGAUGAUAGGAGCCCACAAAAGAGAGGCAGCCCAUCGCCAAGGGAUGGCAGGCAGGCCAAUGGGUCUGACUACAGUGGGAGCCCCAGGGGAAAGAGCAAAAGUCCUAUUGAUGAUGCUGAUGGAGAAAGCCCCCGGGGUAGGAGCUAUAGGAGUCCUGCUGAAGAAAAUGGCCGCAGUGGCAGCCCUAGUCCUAUCCAUCGGGACAACAGGAGCCCCGUUGAUGAUGACGACAAUCAUGGUUCUCCAAGAGGCAGUGAGUCAACUUAAAAGCAGUUUUUAAGUGACAAAAACCAACUUAAAACCUGAGGUUAGUCCACGUAGAACAGAACGUUUUAAGUAACAGAAAUCUACUUAAAACCUUUGACGUCUUUGAAAACGUUUCUUCUACGCUGUAUGGAUAAUUAUUAUCCCAAAUUCUUUAUAGCUGUUUGAAAAUUUCUGAACUUUUACCGGACAUAAGUGCUAUUUGGAACAGAACCAGUGAUCUAAACUGUACCUUGUGUUAAUUUAUAUUAUUUCUCGUGCAACUUAAGACA